GGCUUCCUGUGUUUGAGGGUGAACAGCUGACAGUGCGGUGGGUGGUGCGACCGACGCUGCUAUCUGUUUCGGAUACUUGCUAGCCAGAUAAUACAGUAAUCAGGACCCAGCACGUUGUAAUUUCACACCACAUUAGGCAUCGAUAAUCAUUAGUAUCGCAAUAUGGCUGAAACGGACCCCAAGUCGGUGCAGGACCUGACCAACGUGGUCCAGACGCUGCUGCAGCAGAUGCAGGACAAGUUCCAGACCAUGUCAGACCAGAUUAUCGGAAGAAUCGAUGAAAUGAGCACGCGCAUCGAUGACUUGGAGAAGAACAUUGCCGAUCUGAUGACCCAGGCCGGUGUAGAAGAGAUCGAGGCGCCGCCUGAGAAGGCCAAGGAGGGCCAAGGCUCAUAAUGAAGGUCAAAUGUUCCCAAGUAACAAGGUGUGAAGUCGGUUUAUCUUCAGGAGCAGCAGACUUUUCCAUUCUAAACAUGAAUUAUGUUGACUUGGUGUGUUAUUGUGUGAAAUGCUUUUUUAUAUAUUGAAUAUUGUGAUAAACGGUUACAGUUAUGUAGUGACUUGAAAAGUAGGAUGUUAUUUGUAAGGUAGAAUAGUGUGAUAUGCCCUUUGGAAUUUAUAUUCCUCACACAGGGAUGGAAAACGUGGAUUUUAUGCGCCAACCUGGUGUGGAUAUUUGGCUGCCAUCACCAUAUCAUUAAAUCAUUACAGCCCAGAAAAAUUCUGGCUGGCGGGGACAGAUUUGCUCGAGCCUGGGCUGAGAUGUACGAGCCACGGGCUAGCAGGCAACUAGAAUUUCCAUCCCUGUCAACGAGGAGGAUGGGUAGAGUUAACAUUUGAACCUAUAGUAUUUAAAAACAGCACUCUUUGUGCCAAGGUGUGGGAUGCAUUCCAAAUCUUACUAAUUUUGUUCUAUUAAAGUAAUUUAAUACA